AUGAGCUCAAAAUAAAUGCAGACAAUUUUAGAUUUAUAGAGAUAACUUUAAUAGUACAAGUAUCCUUCGUGCUCGCGUCAUGUUGAAAAAGAUUAUUUAAAUAUGAUAUGCAUGGACAAAAGAUGUGAUGAAGACUGUAUUCUUGAUCCAUUUUGUUCUAUUUGCACUGAUAGAAAUAAUCAUAGAAAAGCAUAUCACGUAUAGCAUAACUUAAAGAAUAUCUUAAAAGAUGUUUUAGAUUAGACUUAAGAAGUUUAAGUCAUUACAGAAGCAGACAGCUCAUAUGUUAACAUGCCAUAAACAGAGUUUGAGGUUAUUUUGUAAUAGUUAGGAAAAGAGUUUUAGAUAUUCGGAUAGGAAUGUUUCAAAGUUGCUGAAACUCUCUUCAGAACAAUUGAAAAGUAUAGAUUGUCUAAGAUUAUUAAAUGUCCUGAAAAGCCAUCUGUAUAAAAAAUUAUAGCAGAAAUAUUAGAAAAAGGGGAUGAAGGAACACUUAGAAGAAAUUUAAAAAAACUAUUAAGAUAUGGUGAAGUCUAAAACGAAUAAUUAAUUCUAAAUCCCUCUAAUUAAACAGUUUUUAAAGACUAGAUUGAAAAAAAUGCUAAAACAUAUAUUAAAAUGAUAGAGCAAGGUUUGGAAUAGCUUGGAUAAAUUAGGUUUGACCUAUUUGUAAGAGGCAUUAGAACUGAUUUUGAUGAAAUCUAGUUAAUUAAAAAUUCCCCAUUGAAAGACCCUAGUUCAGCUAGUCCUUCUAAACUAAGAGAAACCCCAAUUGAUCCUGCAAUUUCAAAGUACUUUAAAUCAACUGCUGAAUCUCCUCGCGAUCAUGAAGCUAUUUUAGAUCAGAGAAUUAAGUAAGCUGCUAAGACAGCUGAACAGGAAAAAGCUUUAAAUGCCACUAUGAAUGCAAUGACAAUUAAAGAAGAAGUUAGAUCUAUAUAAAAGGAGAUAGAAAAUGUAAGACAAAUAGCAGUAGAUUAGGCUAACUAAUAAUCAGGACAUGCAAGCUAAGUAAUUUUUAAUAUUUAAAACAUACUACUUUUAUUUACUCCGAAUUUACAUCAUUUACUCACUUGA